AUGGUCACUGGCUUGAUGAGAUAUGUCGGCCUCGGGUCUCAGACACCCAUUGAGCCACCACAGAAGACAGCCAUCCGUGCUCUGCCUGGAAACUGGUACACCUCAGAAGAUAUGUAUCAGUUGGAAAGGCGCGCGAUCUUUUCACGCAGAUGGCUCAUCCUCACACACAAAUCGAGACUCCCAAAUCCUGGUGAUUGGCUUCGAUAUAAGUGCGCUGGCUACGACUUUAUUGUGGCAAAGGAUCGAUCCGGCGAAAUUCAUGCUUACCACAAUGUUUGCCGCCACCGAGCCUAUCCCAUUGUCGAACAAGAUAGUGGUAAUGCGAAGAUCUUCUCCUGCAAAUACCACGGAUGGUCGUAUGGAUUGAAGGGUAAUCUUGCAAAAGCCCCUGGCUAUCAAGACCUCCAAGGAUUCGACAAAAGCAAAAACAGUCUCUUCCCUAUUCAUGUCAGACUCGACGUGAACGGGUUUGUUUGGAUCAAUAUGGAUUCCAAAGAAGUGCCCGAAGUGACGUGGGAAGAGCAAUUUGACAACGUCGACAAACAAGAACGAUACAAGGAGUUCAAUUUUGAUGACUACGACUUCAACCACAGCUGGACAAUGGAAGGCAACUUCAACUGGAAAAUUUUGGCUGAUAACUUUAACGAAUGUUAUCACUGCAAGACUACCCAUCCCGAUCUUCCAGAUAUUGCCAAUCUGGAGACGUACGACGUUCAUGUCAAGGCAGAUCAUAUUCAACACGAUCCGCAAACUUCGGAAGCCCAACGCGCCGCGGGUUUAGGAAUCAACUCUACUUAUUACUUCCCUUAUGCCUCUAUGACAGUUAGUCCACACUUCAUGUUCAUGCAGAAGUUCAUGCCCAGCGGUCCCACGAAGUCGGUCAUGUACUAUGAAGUCUGGAAGAAUAGAAAUUCGACGGAAGAACAAUUCCAGCCUCUCAACACCAUCUACAAACGCGUGAUGGCAGAGGAUAAAGUCUUGUGCGAGCGAGCACAAGAGAACAUCAACUCUGGUGUGUUCAUCAAUGGCGAGAUGCACCCGCACAUGGAGAAGGGACCCCUCUUCUUCCAGCAACGAUGCAGGGAAGUCGUCAUGGAACACUUCCAGCGAGAGAAGCAAGCAGGAAAGCAGAUUUGGCCUGCGAAACAACAACUCGAGAAGACAGGUAACUCUGCAAUCAGCAACGAUGAUGUUGCGUUUUGCGAGGGUCUGGCUUGUGGAGAUGAGAAGAGUGAUCUGGAAUGGUGA